GUGGCAGAAGCAAAUAUGGUGUUCAGUCGGUGGCUUCUUUUGUUGGUGUUACAAUUCCUACAUGGGGCGACGGGUACCAUGGUAAAACUCAACAGCGGUGGGUUUGAAGACAUUGUCAUUGCAAUCAAUCCUGCAACAGCUGAAGACAACAACAUUGUUGACAACAUAAAGGAUAUGCUUAAAGAGGCAUCUGCUUACCUCUUCAAUGCCACAGAACAAAGAUUUUAUUUCAAGUCUGUAAAAGUUAUAAUUCCUUUGACAUGGGCAGCAAAAACUGAAUAUGGAAGAGUAACUACAGAAUCCUAUGACAAGGCCGAUGUCAUAGUGGCAGAGCCUUACCUGAAAUAUGGAGAUGAUCCCUACACCUUGCAGUAUGGCGGAUGUGGGGAACAGGGACGAUACAUUCAUUUCACUCCUAAUUUCCUGACAAAUGACAGUUUGCAUGCUGUUUAUGGAUCACGAGGCAGAGUGUUUGUCCACGAAUGGGCUCAUCUCAGAUGGGGAGUCUUUGACGAAUAUAACAAUGAUGCACCUUUCUAUACUACUGGGAUAAAGCAAGCUGAAGCAACAAGAUGCUCUGCUGGUGUCACUGGUCAAUAUAUAUUCCCAAUUAGCCCAGGAAAAACAAGAAAAUGCAAAGUUGAAAGCCGAACUCAGCUGUAUGAAGCUGGAUGCCAGUUCAUUCCAGACAAAACGCAGACUGCUCAAGCAUCUAUAAUGUAUAUGCAAAGUCUCUCUUCAGUUACUCAGUUCUGUAACGAAAACAACCAUAAUAUUAAAGCAACAAAUAUGCAGAAUAAACUGUGCAACUACAGGAGCACCUGGGAAGUAAUUAAGAAUUCUCCUGACUUUGCCAGUUCAACUCCAAUAACUGUCCCUCCACCUGAUCCCACUAUCUCCAUGCUGCAAGCACAAGACAGAGUUUUGUGUCUAGUACUUGAUGUUUCUGGAAGUAUGGCUUCGAGCAAUCGCAUUGGUCGGCUGAAGCAAGCAGCAGAAAUAUUCCUACUACAGAUUAUUGAAGCAGGAUCCUGGAUUGGAAUUGUCACAUUCAAUUCUUUUGCAGAAAUUAAGUCCGAUUUGCAACUGAUCAGCAAUGACAGUGUGCGCCAAUCACUUACAGCCUUACUUCCAACCACAGCUGGUGGAGGAACUACCAUAUGUGCUGGAGUGCGAACAGGAUUUCAGGUGAUUUUAAAAAAGUAUCCAAAUACCAAAGGCUGUGAAAUCGUGCUCUUGACAGAUGGAGAAGAUAGCGGUGUAAGCUCUUGCUUUACUGAUGUUCGAAAUAGUGGGUCCAUAAUUCACACAAUUGCUUUGGGACCAAACGCUGCAAGAGAACUAGAAAUGUUGGCAGAUAUGACAGGUGGUUUGAAAUUUUCUGCCACAGACAGUUUGGAUUCCAAUGGCCUCAUAGAUGCUUUCAGUGGAAUUUCUUCAGGAAGUGGAAAUAUCAGUCAACAAUCGAUUCAGCUUGAAAGUAAAAGUCAUAGCGUCGGUUCCGGAAGGUGGUUUGAUGGUAUUGUAACAAUUGAUAAAACAGUGGGAAAUGACACUUUCUUCGUCGUUACAUGGAACACAAGCAUAUAUCCACCAGGAAUUCUUCUGAUAGAUCCCAAAGGAAAGAAGUACAGCCACAAGAACUUUGUCAUUGAUAAUACAAAUGUCCGAACAGCUCGACUCAGUAUUAGUGGAACUGCAGAGGUAGGAGACUGGGAGUAUUCAUUGCAGAAUACACAUUCAACAGAGCAAAUCAUAUCAAUUACGGUAACCAGUCGAGCAGCAUCCGCAUCUGUGCCUCCAGUUCUUGUGAAGCCCUAUAUGAAUCAAGAUAACAAUAACUAUCCUAAUCCAAUGGUCAUAUAUGCAGAAAUCAGCCAAGGUUUCUUACCUGUUAUUGGUGCAAAUGUCACAGCCAUAGUUGAAGAUGAGAAAGGAAAUACUAAAGAGCUUGAGCUUUAUGACGAUGGUUCAGGUGCUGAUAUUCGCAAGAAUGAUGGAAUCUACUCGAGGUAUUUCAUAUCAUUCACACAGAAUGGUAGAUACAACAUAAAAGCGCGUGUCCAAGGGAAAGACAAGGCUGUCAGAUUGGUCCGCAGACAGAGUCAAGCACUCUAUAUACCAGGUUUUGUGGAAAAUGGUGAUAUAAAAAUGAACUCACCAAGACCUGAAGCUACUGAGGAUGAAAUCCAAGCAAACCUAGGAAGUUUCAGCAGAGUUGCAUCUGGUGGUUCUUUUGUGGUAUCAGGAGUUCCUUCUACAAAACCCACAGAUGUCUUUCCACCCUGUCAAAUCACUGACCUUGAGGUGGAGCUAGCUGCCGAUGAUGAUGAAUUCCUUUUGUCAUGGACAGCUCCUGGGAAUGACUAUGAUGCAGGACAAGCUGAACGAUAUGAAAUAAAAAUGAGUGAAAAUCCCUUGGAAUUAAGAGAUGCAAGUUUUGAUAGUGCCACUUCUGUGAACACUACUGGACUGACAGUGGAAGUCGCUGGGGUCAAACAAUCUUUUCAGUACAAGUCAGAAAACCUAACAAAAGAAAAUGGCUCCUCUAUCUACUUCGCCAUUCGUGCCAUUGAUGACAGCAACAAUACUGGAAAACCAUCAAAUGCAGCAAGAGCAGUUGUGGUUUUUUCCACAUUGCCAACUACUCCCACUUCUUCAACUGGCACUUAUGUGAAACCCACUGGUGCUAAUGAUCAUGAGAGCAGUGUGAUAAAUGACACUACCAAAAUUGUGAUCAUUGUAUGUGUGUCUGUGAUCAUUAUUUGUGUUAUUGUAAGUAUAACCAUCUGCAUUGUACAAAAGCGAAGAAACAGAAGUCCUCAGACUGGAAUGUAAUAAA